AAAGCUGGUGUUUCUUUGCCCCAAAGUGCAGAAAAACUGCUGGCUCAUCUCCACUAAACAUGGAGUUCAUGUAGCUUUAGUGUAAGUUUUUAUCGUCCUCCAAAAGGUGUUAGUGGACGGUUGUCAGGGGCAACGUGACACGUAAUACCGGACGGGAUGGUGCAAACAAUAAACAUAAAUAGACACAAAUACACAAACAUGUACAGUAAACUGUAUGUAAGUGCUAAAAACAAGAAUAAUAUUUAAGUUUAAAAUAUGUGUCGAGUGUAUUAGAUAUUAAAUAAAGAGCAGAGUGGAGGAAGACAUGAAUAGAUUACUUAACAUGAAUAUGAUAAUAUACAGUAAAACACACCCCGUCCUCAGUGUGUCUCUUACAGCUCUACACGCUGAGGACUCUUUAUGGGGCGGCAUUUUCUCGUCUACUCAGCAGAGAGACUUCCCAUUUCAGUGCUCCGGUGUCCCGUGAGCGCUCCGUGUCUCCUGCACUCAGUGCCGACUCCCAACGACGCGACCUGCUCGGGGUAAAACGAUACAAAAAACCCUCACUUUCAGCUCCAGCGGCUCCAGCGAGGAAGGGGGCGGUUGGAUGGAUCCCUGCUGAACAAGUUAACGCGACUUCCCGCCGACGAAGCGACCAGGAACCGCUGAUCGACGCGGUGGUUUCUGGGGUUUGGGGGUGGGGGGGUUCGGUUGCGUGCCGGCUUAAAAGUUCUUCAGCGAGAAGUAGCAUCACCAUGGAGACGGUCGUCAGCAGCCCCGCGGAGCAAAACCAAUCGGCGCCGUUCGUCACCAUCUUCAACUCUAGCUGUCGCUUUGACGAGGAGUUCAAAUACAUCCUGCUGCCCGUGUCCUACAGUCUGGUGUUCGUGGUCGGCCUGGUGCUCAACGCUACGGCUCUGUGGCUGUUCCUGAAGAUGCGUCCGUGGAACCCCAGCACGGUGUUCAUGUUCCAUCUCGCCCUGUCCGACUUCCUGUACGUGCUCUCCCUCCCCACCCUCAUCUACUACUACGCCAAUCGCAGUAACUGGCCUUUCGGAUUGGCCGCUUGCAAAAUAGUGCGCUUCCUCUUCUACGCCAACCUCUACUGCAGCAUCCUCUUCCUCACCUGCAUCAGCGUGCACCGCUAUCUGGGCAUCUGCCACCCGAUCAAGACGCUGACCACCGUCAAGUCCCGCCACGCGCACCUGGUGAGCGGCACGGUGUGGGCCGUGGUGAGCGUGUGCCUGGUGCCCAACCUCAUCUUCGUCACCACCUCCAGGAGGGGGAAUGACACCCUGUGCCACGACACAACCAGCCAGGAGGCCUUCGAGGAGUAUGUGGACUACAGCUCUGUCGUCAUGGUGCUCCUGUUCGGAGUCCCGUUCCUGGUCAUCGUGGCGUGCUACUGCUUGAUGGCGCGGACCCUGUGCCAACCCAGGCGGGGGUUGCCCGACGGCCCCCGGGGCACCGCCUCCCACCGGAAGUCCAUCAAGCUCAUCGUCGUGGUGCUGGUGGUGUUCGCGUUGAGCUUCGUCCCAUUUCACGUCACGCGGACGCUCUACUACGCCGCCCGGGUGUUGGACCUCAACUGCGAAUUCCUCAACGUCGUCAACUUCACGUACAAGAUCACCAGGCCGCUGGCGAGCAUCAACAGCUGCAUCGACCCGAUCCUUUAUUUCCUGGCCGGGGAUCACUACCGCUCCAGACUGAAGUACGCUCUGACGGGCAAAAGACAGGCGGCGAGCGGGCAGCAACGUGACCGGGAACCAACGCGCCCGAGCAACAAACACGACAUGCCGCUGGCACUUGAGGACCCGGCUCUUAAUGCGAGUGAAGAUUUGAAGAGGUAGUGGGGAAAACUAUUGGAGAGUAGAAGUAAUGGACACGUAUUUAAGGCGUCUGGUCCAUAAGCAUCGGGUUGAUUAUUUUCGUUGCGGACAGGAAGAGAAUCGUUUUACCGUAUUCAAAUGCCUUCGACUGUCUCCCCUGCCUGACCAUUUCCCUCACUUUUUUGGCAACUCAGCAUUUGUAAGAUGAGGUAUAAAAGCGGAAGAGCUAGCGUAAAGUACUCUACCACAAAGGGGAUAUUGCUCCAAAGUCAAGUUCAAACAGAAAGUACUUAAGCAACCUAUACUUAUGUUCUAUGGUACCUACAAUUGCAGAACAAUAGUUUAGUUUUCGCUUUCAAAUUAUAGGAAAAGAAUGAGACACUUCCGUGAAAUAGUUUGACACCGGUGAUCACAGGCGCAAUAAAGUAACCCAUCAAAGACUUGGUCAUCCGAUCGUUUUCAGCACUCACACCCUCAUCGAUCCAAAUAUUCAAGUUCAUAUCUAACCACAGAUAACGCAACGCCUGGCUAUUGUGUCGGAAACGAGGCAAUUAUGAGACAAUCCUUCCAGUUGUAUCAACAAUGUCUGCGGCUACAGCCAGCGCGGCUCCGGGUCCCAGCUGCUGCUGUCCCUCAACUUUCCCAGCUGUCUUUUGUUCAACGAAAGAAGAAAAGAGGUAUCCUCAACGAGAGAGAGAGAGUCAUAUUCUAACCACCCACGCCUCGGUGUUGGGUCAGGGGAUUUUUUCCUUUUUGCCCUUUUACCUUUGGGAUUGAUACUUGGAAUUUAGGUGGAACUCCUUGAUGGUUUUGCAGGAUGGGAAAGCAUUGUCGGAAAGUUUUUGUAAACGCUACAGAGCUCCAAUGCUGGGGCAGAUAAAGCUCUUUGUGUCACACGGUUAUCUUUAUAUUAAGGUAGAGCGAUAUCUACGGAGAUGUUUUUGUAAUUACAGUUUUGGUAUAUGUAUUAUAAAGUUAUACGUGAGUAA